AGGCUGUGUAUGAGAAGAUGGAGCUCCAGCAGAGGGCGAUGGUGAGUCCCGGGGGGAGUGUGGCGUCCAGUCGCUCCAGCCCUGACCCCUCUGAACCUGAGCUCAGUGUCCUGCAGCCCUACCUGGCCAGUGAGAUCGAGGUCACCCACUCUGCCCUCAAAUCAACCACUCCUCUAUCGGUGCGAAGCAGCAGUGACCCCGCCCUCGCCCCACCCCUGGAUGUCAUUUCAUUGGACCCUGAGGACAUGAGCAGACCCCAGUCCACUGGUGUCGGUCAUGCAACCUCUGUGAAGGGAGGAGCCAUGGACAAACCCAAGGUGGACGUCCCAAACUCCAGGACUGCACAAGUCGACUUAAGGUGAGGGAGUUCGUGUAUGCUUAGUGUAUGAUUAUGUAUAAACACUC